UUUACUUUCGUCCAGUAAAUCUGCACGUCUCUCUUCGUUCCUCUUCAUUAACCCUUAUUUUCUUCCUCCAUAUCCCUGAACACAGCCAGAGGAACUCCCUUCACACCCACUAUGGCCGCCGAAGCAGAACUCAAGAUGUCUCACGACGUCGCAGCCGUCUCCUCCGGCGACGCCAAGAAACGACCCUCCUCCUCGUCUCACCUCGUCGACGAUGCGGCCACCUUCGAUCCCAGCGAUCCCCCUCCCUUCACCAUUUCAGAGAUUCGAGCCGCGAUUCCCAGCCAUUGCUGGGUUAAGAACCCGUGGAGGUCCCUCAGUUACGUUCUCAGGGAUGUGUUUGUUGUCUUUUCCUUGCUUGCUCUCGCCCUCCAUCUCGAUUCCUGGUUCUUCUGGCCUCUCUAUUGGCCCCUCCAGGGCACCAUGUUCUGGGCUCUCUUCGUUCUCGGCCAUGACUGCGGCCAUGGAAGCUUUUCAAGCAGUCGCAAGCUCAACAGUUUCGCAGGCCAUAUCUUGCAUUCUGCAAUUCUUGUACCGUACCAUGGAUGGAGAAUCAGCCACAAAACCCACCAUCAAAACCAUGGACAUGUUGAGAAUGAUGAAUCAUGGGUUCCGAUGACAGAGAAGCUUUAUAAGAAUCAAAGCCACAGGACAAAAAUGCUGAGAUUCACUGUGCCGUUCCCCAUCUUUGCCUUUCCCGUUUAUCUGUGGCGGAGAAGCCCAGGAAAAGAAGGCUCUCACUUCAAUCCCUACAGUAGAUUGUUCUCCCCAAGAGACAGAAAAGAUGUGACAACCUCGACCUUAUGUUGGCUGGCCAUGGCUUCCCUGCUUCUCUACCUCUGCUUCACUGUGGGCCCCGUUCGAAUUUUAAAGCUCUACGGUGUCCCUUAUGCGAUCUUUGUCAUGUGGUUGGACGCUGUUACAUAUUUGCACCACCAUGGAUACAAGCAGAAACUACCUUGGUACAGGGGCAAGGAAUGGAGCUAUUUGAGAGGCGGAUUAACAACAGUGGAUCGCGACUACGGUUUGAUCAACAACAUCCAUCAUGACAUUGGAACCCAUGUCAUCCAUCAUCUUUUUCCUCAGAUUCCUCAUUAUCAUCUGAUUGAAGCGACGAAAGCAGCAAGGCGAGUUCUGGGGAAGUAUUAUCGGGAACCAGAGAAAUCAGGGCCUAUACCAGUCCAUUUAAUCCAGAAUUUGAUAGAUAGUUUAAGACAAGACCACUUCGUUAGUGAUUCUGGAGACAUCGUGUUCUAUCAGACGGAUCCUCUUCUUUACGAGAAAUCUAGGACCAAGUCUCAAUGAUUUUGUAUAUUUUUCUGGGACUUCAAAACGUGGUUUAGAUUAGUAGUUUUUCAUUUCUCAUGUUUCUCCUGAGUUAGUGUCUCCGUCGUUACUCGUUACUUUGGAUUUCAGAUGAAGGAGUGGUAAAAUGAUAUUAAUUAGUGUUACUGGCAGAUUCAGAGAUUCGCAUGAAUGAAUGGGAUUGGUAGGAAGAGACAGAGUAUGAAUGUCCUCCUGCGCAAAGAGGGAAAUUAAUUAUAUGAUUGUCUGAUGAA